AUGGCCACCUCUGAAACCACCAGAGAUAAAGAAGGUGUAGACUGCAGCCUGGUCCUGGCAACCUGGAUCCCUGGGCUCUUUGGCUGGCCUCACUACGGGAAGCUGGCCGUGGGAGAAACGCUGUCCAUUAAGGUUUACAACUGCAGCAAGGUCUUCAGUAACAGGCGCCAACCGCUGUCCCCAGGAGCAGACAGUCACUUCGAGGCAGAGCGACCUCGGGGACGGUGGGAUCAAACCUCACCUGCCUUGUGCCACGUUCAUCAUCUGUGGGCGCUCGAGGCGAUCUUCUUCCCGGGGAUGGAGUCAGGAAGCAGUUCUCCUGAAAUGAAGAAAAAAACUGUGAAGCGAGGACACGUGGCAGCUGAGCAGCAAGAGCCACCCCAACCUGGACGAAGCCCAAACAGUGACACUGCUCCGCACAACCUUGACAGUCCACAUCAAACCCACCUGUUUGCCCUGUACGGCAGUAUGUGCACAGAUGCGAUUUCAACACCUGAAGAUGACAGACCCUGUAAGAAGAUGAAGAUGACGGCUCCUGUCCAAAAGGCAGAGUCAGAAUCAAAAGCAGAAGUGCAGCCCAGGUUUCAGAGCCCUGCGGCAAGUCCAACAGCAGAGCCUGAAGUUCAUGGGUCACCCAAUAUCCCUGUUGCAGAGUCAUUCUCGCCUCAAGACAGCGACACUUCUGGCUCGGACUCUUCCCUCAGCGCCGUUUGGAGAGGAUUAUUUAAGCUGCGGAGUGUGGCCACGUAUCUCAGUAAAGCAUAUCCUGUGUCUGGCUGCUUUGAUAAUCUUAGUGAGGAAUUACCAGAGACGCUUCGGGUUGGUGGGACGAUCCCACCGAAGGCAGUCUGGGAUUACAUUGCUGACCUCAGAACUGCACCUCAUCAGGAAUUGUGUUUGAUUCGUUUCCGUCCCGUGUAUGAAGAGGAAGAUAUUUAUGCCUAUGUCUCUCUCUACGCCUACUUGAUCAGUCGUGGUUGUUUUGGGGUUGUAACUAAUACUCCCAAGAGAACUAUCAAGAAUUUUUACCUGAUCCCCCUGAGCUCUGAGGACCCAAUUCCAUCCCAACUCUUGCCUCUUCAUGGGCCAGGUCUGGCGUCAUCUCGGCCCAAUGUAAUUCUAGGAGUGAUUAUUCGUCAGAUCAAGAAGCAUUAAGUUUAUGUUUGUAAUCUUCUUAGAGGAUGGUUAAAAUAUUGUUACAUUAUUAUCAUUAUUAUUGUUGUUUUCACUC